UUUAAUUUUAUUGAUAUUUUACAGGCCGUUAUAGUUUCUCCGACCGCCAGAUAUGCUGAGAUAUCCAGCGGCGUAGAAGUUAAAGAUUUGAAGCGUCGUAGACUGCAUUCUCGUAGAAAAGAGAAUAUCAAUUUCAAGCCCCCACCGGAGGAUUGGCCAGAACCAGUUCUUGGGGUUGGGGACUUCGUAGUAAGCGACCAAUCAGAUGCUACCUCUCUCUCCCCACUACAAGCCUAUCAGGCCAAGUUGGAACAGGAGUUUUUGAAACAGCAGGAAGAGGAAACACAUGUUUUGGAGAACGUUAAUCAGCUACCAAAAUCACCAAUAUGGACAUCUUCUGAGGAAGACAUGAAGAAACUACUGGAUCCAAAUGAACUCCUGAGGCAUAACAAGAAACUGAGACCCUUCGUGGCUUCUCAGGACGAAAGUAAUGGAGAAAGAAGGGAAGGCGAUACCAUUAAAUCUUCAAAGAAGCAGGGUAGCAAUGGAAGGCCUCCUAGUAUAAAGUCACUAACAGCGUUGAAAGCAGCGAAGACGGCUUUGAAGAAAACUCGGAGGAAAACAAAAAUUACGACAGAUACACCGACAAGAAAAUACCGUAAAAGGAAAACCACCAAGGUGCAAUUAACUGAAGGUACCCCGUCCUCCAAAGAAAUGAAAAAGCAAAUCUCGCAAGUAAAAGAAAAUAUUGAAGGAGAAACUAAAAAAAUUAGAAAAAGGAGAAAACCAGUUAGAAAGUUUGCUUUUGCCACACAUCAAUCUCAGGAAGAAGACAAUGAAAUCGUGCCUACAAAAACUAAACCGAUCAGGACAAAAAAAGUAACACUAGUAAAGGCGGAAGACUUAGAAAUAUCUACCUUAUCACCUGUAUCACCUACAUCUCCAUCCACAAGGGGAAGGCCAACAAUUGUGAGAACAGUAGAGCAUUCAAACUGGAAAAUAAAUCGGUCAACAACUGAUAUUUCUGUUGAGAAUAGUUCAACUACACAGAAAAUAACAACUGAAUCCACAAAUAAUACUUUGGAGUCCACAGAUUCGAGACUGAUUACAACAGAACAAUGUAUUUCAACUUACACCACGCUGGCCAAAGUGGCAACUGUGACUUUUAAAAUAGAUCAAAGAAACAAAAUCAGAGAAAAGAGGAAGCAAAUGAAACAGGAAAUGGAGGAAGUUAUUAAAGCCGAAGAGUUAGAGGGAUCGUUCGGUGAUAAAGACUCUGACUGGACAACUUCUGAGAAAAGGAAAGUUCCAAUUACUUCAGAGACGAAGCAGUCUAUAUUGCUGGGUCUCAUGAGAAACAAAAUUAUGAGUUUCGUUGACAGCGUCUUGAGAAGGAGCACCAGAACAUCACCAACUACCCCAUCAAUGAGAAUUACUCAAACUAACACCACAGCAGAAAUAUUUUAAUAGGUUACUUUAGGAAUUGGAUAGAAAAGUGUCAAAAUAAUAUUGAUCUACAGUUAUAGUACUUUAUGUUAACAAAAAUAAAAGUUUAUUUUCAUUAGAA